GAUUUCUGCAUUUUGCUUUCAACAUCCCCCUCCUUGACAGUUGCAGUGGUACAAAUUGGAACUUGGCAGCCAGAAAGCAAAAAAGUUUUCAAUAAAUGUCUAUGAGCUUAGAAUAUUUUACACAUUUAGUGUUUCCAUGGGAAUAACACAAUGGACUGGAUCAUUUUCAUACUUUUGUCAGUGUUAAAAGCUGCACUUUGUUUCAACAUCGAUCCUGUGGCUUGGAAGAUCCUGAAGUACUCUGACGAAGGUUUUGGGUACCAGGUGGUGCAGAGGCCAUCAGACUUGCUGGUCAGUGCUCCUCUUGCACAGUCGUCUCCCACAGAAAGGGGGAAAAUAUUUAAAUGCUCCGCCGAAACUGAAUCAUGCAGUCCUCUACCAAUUCCAGUGCCAGGAUUUGCCGUCAACAUGUCUCUUGGUUUAACAAUGACACAUGAUCCAACCACACACAACACUUUGGCAUGUGGACCAACCAUUCCAAGAGACUGCAAAAGUAUCACCAUGUACAGCGGUAUAUGCAUGCAGAUAGACAGAUCUAAUGGCUUCACAGGUCCUGUACCUUCUACUGCACAAAAGUGCCGAUUAGCAGAUAUUGCAUUUCUAUUGGAUGGUUCAGGCAGCGUCCCCAAUCAGGACUUUCAAUUAAUGAAGAGAUUUGUGAAAAAUGUUGUCGACUCACUCCUGCCACUUGACACAAGGUUUUCUAUUUCCCAGUUCUCUACUUACCCUAAAGUACAUUAUUACUUUAAUAAUUUCAUAUCUGGAACUCAAUUAUGGCAAUCUAAAGUUGACAACAUUAGGCAACUCAGUGGUUCCACUUACACAGCCAAAGCCAUCAAGUUUGUGGUCAAUGAAGUUUUCACAAGAACACGGGGUUCCAGACCCAAUGCAAAAAAGGUCUUGAUAGUUAUCACCGAUGGAGAAUCAAACGACCGGGCUAAUCUCAAAUCUUCAGCAGACUUAGCUGAGAGAAACAACAUUGUUCGAUUUGCUAUUGGAGUGGGGUCCGCAUUUGACACAUCUGCAGCAAAACGGGAACUGGAUACUAUUUCAUCUUCUCCCACGGAAAAUGUUUUUCGAGUGCAGAACUUUGACGCCCUUGAAAAAAUAAGGGCGAGUUUGCAGGCCAAACUCUUUGCUAUUGAAGGAUCGCAAACAGAUGGAGAGUCACUGAAAAUGGAAAUGGCUCAAGAGGGAUUCAGUGCAGUUUAUGUACCUGAGGGAGUUCAGAUCGGUAUGGUUGGGGCGAAUGUGUGGAAGGGAGGCUACCUGCAAUACUCAAUGGGCACACUCCAGAAGACAGGCUCAUUUGAGGCCAAUAUAGAGGAAGACAGUUACAUGGGGUACUCCAUGGCUGUUGCCAGGACGACAAGAGGCACAUUGACAAUUAUGGGUGCUCCAAGAUAUAAACACCGAGGAGUUGUGAGGGUAGUUUACAACCACCUGAACCACAAAACUAUUGACCCCUCUCGAUGGCAGUUUCAGGUUGGUGAAUAUUUUGGUGCCGUUGUUUGUGCGAUGGACGUGAAUCAAGACAGUUACUCUGAUCUUAUCCUCAUAUCCGCCCCAAUGUACAUUGACUCUGAUCGAGAGGGAAGGGUUUACGUUUGCACCGUAUCUCGUUUGGAUGUUGAGUGCCACUUAGAUUCUCCAUCAGUACUGAGAGGGGAUGCAUCUCAAAGAGGAAGGUUUGGGUCUUCCCUUGCUGUACUGCCAGAUCUGGACACAGAUGGUCUUAGUGAUUUGGCAGUUGGAGCGCCUUUGGAGAACGACGGUCAAGGCAGCAUCUACAUUUUCCACGGCGAAGAUGGAAGAAGGAAAAGGAUCAGUUCUACCUACACACAGAGGAUCGCUGCCUCUGAAGUCAAGCCAGGACUAAAGUUCUUCGGCAUGUCGAUCAGUCAGUCGUCUUUUGACCAAAGUAGUGACAAUCUGCCCGAUUUAGCGGUGGGUUCAAAGGGCAGUGUUGUCUUACUCAGAUCAAAGCCUAUAGUAAUGGUAGAAGCAAGAGUGUCGUUCGGCCCAAGCCAAAUCUCUACUCAAAACUCAGACUGCACAAAACCUUUGGCAAUCCUAGCUACAAUCUGCUUCCGCAUGACAAUGCACUCUGAAGUCCAGCAAGCUCAAGCAAAGAUUAAUUAUGUUUUAACACUGGAUGCCACCCGCAAAGUCCCAAACAACCGAGCUUACGUUGCUGGGAAACAACGAGAGGUGUCUAGAAACAUUUCUCUCGGCUUGACUGGGCCGACAUGCAACACCGAACAAUUCUUAGUUGAGGCUUGUCCAGAAGAUUCUCUCAAUGCGCUGGACAAUGAACUCAAAUUCACCUUUGAAGGAUUGCCGUCUGCCCAAAUGCUCAGGCCGAGUCUCGCCCUGCAGGCUCAGACGACAACGUUUCAUCGCUUAGGGUUUGAGAUCAACUGCGGCACGGACAAUGUGUGUGUAGAUAACAUGAAAGUGGAUUUCAACUUUACCAAAUCCUCAGAGGUCAAAGUGGGCAUUGAUGAACUGCUGGAUGUCACUGUCUCCGUGGAGAACAGUGGGGAAAACUCUUAUAACAGCCGCGUCAUUCUCACAUACCCAGCUGGACUCUCUUAUAGGAAGUUUACAAUUCUGCAGGGAAGAAUUGAGUGCAACUCCUUGGACACUGAAGACGGUUUAAUGCGAGGAAGAACAGACUGCACAGUUGACAAGCCUAUUUUGAAGAGCAAUGCUAAGGUCCUAUUCAUCGUCUCCUAUGGGGUUGAAACCAAUAGUCAACUUGAAAGGAGGAUUUUUGUUUCUGCAAAUGCUACCAGUGGGAAUAAUCAGCACUCCGACUCAAGUGAACUGUACCAAAAGAAAGAAAUCGAUGUGAAGUACAGCAUUUUUGCUACAAUUGAAAGUUCCCUCAGCUACAGCAACUUCUCUCAUGGAAAGAAUAAUUUGCAGAAACCAUUGCGGCAAUCAAUUGUGGUUACAAAUGAUAUCAGAGCGCUGAAUCUCACUGUGGUGAUCAGGGUGCCGGUGAAGCUCGGAGAUAAAGGCAUCUGGGUGGAUUCAGGCAGUUUGCAGAUUCCAGACUGCCAAAGACACAGCGAUGAAAAACCCACUGUCACAGAUUUUGUUGCAGAGAUAAAGAAAAAUAAGUUGGUGGACUGCUCAGUGGCCAGCUGCAGAGUGUUCAAGUGCAGUCACUUCAUUGGAAGACUGAAGAGCCAAACGUACUACAUUUCUGCAAACCUUAGUUCGGCAUGGAUAGAGCAGAUCGGACUUCAAUCUGCCAAAUUCCUCUUGACCAGCACAGCCAUGUUGGAGUACGACAGAAACCAGUACAUCUUCUUUACGUCGGGCUCCAACAACAACCCUCCUGUUCGCAAGAUUGAGGCAGAGGUAGAAGUGUAUCCUGAGCCAGACUUCACCAAAGAGAUUGUGGGAGGAUCCCUGGGAGGACUGGCUCUACUGGCCUUACUCACCGCUGGCCUGUAUAAGGCUGGAUUUUUCAAGAGCAAAUACAAUAAGAUGAUUAACGAUGAUGCAGCAGAUCCUGGGGUUGAAGGAGGCGCACCCGCACCAGAAUAAGAAAUAUAUCAUCAGUGAAUGUCCCACAGAGACCCACUGUUUUAGUUCUAAUACAUUCUUAAUAUUGAGCUUGCUUGUUGCAGCUGACCGCAACAAAACCAAACUGUUUCAACAUGUAUGUAUAUGUGUGAGUUUCUGUUACCAUAAGUAACUCAAAGUUGUGCUUUAUUUUUUAACUUUUUGGUAUUAUCUGGAAUGUAAAUGUUAUUUAUGGAAGAAAUAUCUGUCAUACCAUUCUGAUGAUUAUCAGACUUAGGAGGUAAUUGUAAGUAUAUAUAGUUUAAAAAAUCUUACACGUUUAAAUUGUAACAGUUGAAUUAGCAAAGGUCCCUGAUAUAUUAACAUGCACCAUGUAACAAUUACAAGUAGACAUCGGUUCUUAUUAAGGGGUGAAAACCACAUCAAAAAGUCAUAGUCAUGCAAUGAUUAAAUUCAAUGGCGGGGUGGAAUUUAGUGCACUGUACAGCCAUGUGAUUUAAUGUGACAAGAGGCUUUACAAAAUGAGAUUUGUGUUAUCCAAAAAGUCUUAAGUCUAAAAUGAAACAUUCCUUUUAUAUUUCUGCAAGCUGUGCUGUUGUUAAUGUUGAUUUUGAACAUUAUGAUCCCCUGGAUUCUGUUGUUCAUCACAUAUUGUACUGUUAAACUGCGGAUAUUGAAACUGCAAUAUUGAUCGAAGUAUGUUUGUUAAGCUUCAUCAGUAUUUAUUAUGCAUGUGAUUAAAAUGACUUUUUACUUGUCUUAA